AUGGCCGACUUCCUGGUAGAAGUAACGGGGGACCCAACCGAGGAAACAGACAUAUGGUGGAGGCUCCACGUAUACGGGGCCUCCAACCAAACGUCCGGAGGUGCCGGGAUCAUCUUGGAAAGCCCUGCCGGGGUCAUAUACGAACAAUCAGUCAAGUUUGAGUUUCCGGUAUCAAACAACCAAGCGGAGUACGAGGCCCUAUUGGGCGGCUUAAUCCUAGCUAAAGAAGUCAAAGCCACGAGGUUGGAAGUGUGCAGUGACUCACAAGUCGUCACCUCUCAAGUGAAUGGAAGCUACCAGGCCAGAGACUCACUAUUACAGAAGUACUUGGAGAAGGUCAAAGAGUUGAGCAAACAAUUCGAGGAGGUCACGAUCCAGCACGUUUCGAGGGAAAGGAACACACGGGCAGACCUCCUAUCCAAGCUAGCAAGCACAAAACCGGGAGUGAGAAAUCGGUCUCUCAUUCAAGGCAUGAUAAAGGAACCAGCAGUUGCCCUCCACCUGACAAAGACAGACCCAUCCUGGAUGGACCCAAUCACUGACUUCUUAGAAACUGGUAAACUCCCUGACGGCGAGAAGGUGGCCAGAGCGUUGAGAAGGGAAGCGGCCAAAUAUGCGAUCGUACAAGGUCAACUAUUUAAAAAGGGAUUCAACCAACCCUUGUUGAAGUGCCUGCAUCCCGGCCAAACAGACUACGUACUCAGAGAAGUCCAUGAGGGGUGCUACGGCUACCACAUCGGGGGCAAAGCCCUAGCAAGAAAGCUCAUCAGAGCUGGAUAUUAUUGGCCAUCAAUGACGAUGGACUCCAAAGAGUUCGUGAGAAAAUGCGUCAAGUGCCAAGAGAACGCCAACUUCCAUAAGGCAUCACCAACCGAACUAAGCCUAUUAACGUCUUCCCGACCUUUCACGCAGUGGGGAGUCGACCUCUUGGGACCUUUUCCGGUUGGCCCGAGGCAAGUCAAAUAUCUCAUAGUGGCUAUUGACUACUACACCAAGUGGGUAGAGGCCGAGCCACUAGCCAUUAUAUCCUCGUCCAAUUGUCGAAAGUUUAUGUGGAGACAGGUGAUAACUCAAUUUGGCAACCCAGAGAUCGUUAUCUCUGUUAACGGGACGAGUUCACUGAUAAGAAGUUUGUAG